AUGGACAAACUCCAGACCUUGGUGGUUGAGCCACUCCAACCCAUCCUCAAACCUAUCAGUGACGCCCUGCCCGAGCCAGUGCACGAUGCCAUCAUCUCCCUCAUCGGCUCCCCCUGCCACAGCGCUCUGCUGCUCGAUUUGGACGUCAACAAAGAUCCCAAAUGCACAUCUCUAGCCAUCUCCAAGGCUUUGGGUCUUGCCAUCGUCGGCGCCAGCGCAAUCGUCAAGGUACCCCAAAUCUUGAAGCUUGUCAACUCGCGAUCCUCGGCCGGCGUGUCCUUCAUAUCCUACGCCAUGGAAACCGCGAGUCUUCUGAUCACGCUCUCGUAUAACGUCCGCCAACAGUUCCCCUUCAGCACCUAUGGCGAGAGUGCUUUGAUUGCGGUGCAGGAUGUGGUUAUUGGUGUUUUGGUUUUGUCGUUUGCUGGAAAGCCUGCUGGUGCGGCUGCGUUUGUUGCUGUGGUUGCGGCUAGUAUCUAUGCGCUUUUGUUUGAUGCUACUUUGGUCGAUGCGCACACGCUUUCGCUUUUGCAGGCUGGUGCGGGCGUCUUGGGGGUUGCUAGCAAGCUUCCUCAGAUUUUUACUAUUUACAAGGAGGGCACCACUGGCCAACUCAGCGCAUUCGCGGUCUUCAACUACCUCCUUGGUACUCUGUCUCGUAUCUUCACGACCCUUCAAGAAGUCGACGACAACCUCAUCUUGUACAGCAUCGUGGCUGCCUUUGUCCUCAACGCCGUCCUCGCAAUCCAGAUGGUGUACUAUUGGAACAGUCCAGCAAAGAAGACUGCUGUUCCACCAAAGCAGAACAAGAAGGCAGUCGCAAACUCCCCUGCGGCUGCUCAAGCGUCUGGUGUCUCGCCCAAACCAGCUGGGAAGUCUCCUACUACCCGCCGUCGAGGUUGA